UGGGAAGACGAAGGCACACUCUGCUUCCAAGUUGACGCCAAGGGUAUCUGUGUUGCUCGUCGUCAAGACAACGACAUGGUCAAUGGCACAAAGUUACUCAAUGUCGUCGGCAUGUCCCGUGGUAAACGUGAUGGCAUCUUGAAAAAUGAAAAAGGCCGUGUAGUAGUAAAAGUAGGAGCUAUGCACCUU